UGUAUAUCUUCGAACGAAUAAGUUUGUAGUUCAAAAAACCAUAUCUAUUAUUUGAGAAAAAACAUCUUUUAACUUCAUAUGUAAAAUACCAUCGCAUUCACAGUUCCACGAGCUGAUAAUAAAUAUUAUUUUUUUAUUAUCAGCUUAACCUCAAAAUCGAUUAUAUUGAACAGAAAUUAUUUUACUACUUUGAAUAGAACAUCAAAGCAUUUUUUUUACCAAAUAAAACAUUUUGUUUGCUUUACCAUAUCACCACCAUAUCGCUGAAUCUACCAUAUCGGCUUAUAUUUUUUUAAAUAGCUACACUUUUAGCGUUGUACUAUGAAAAUCGGUAUUUAUAAAAGUUUAAAAUACAGAUAGUGCAUUCGAUAGCGAAUAUUUCGAUUUACUGACCUCACUAGUAAAAUUUUAUUUUUAUUGCGAAUUAAUGGCGUAGCCAGCACCAUGUCGACCUUAACGAAAAUGACCCGUACGGUUAAAAAACUGGAGGUACCCAGACCCCUGAAAUCGACGACCAGUUCCGCACACAACCGCAAUUCCCUGCUGGACGUCAAAAUAAAUUCAGUCGAUGACCUGAUUGUGUUGACGGAAGCGGUUGCCUACCAAAUGAUGCAGGGGAACUAUGACCGUGCCCUUCAAAGCAACGUGGCCACUAUGUACUCUAACUUGAAGCUUUACGGCGCUCAACUUGAGGCACUCUAUAAAGACUUUCUUGAUAGAUACUUUGUCGUGUUCCGCAAUGGUUCCCAAGACGAGAGAUUGGACAAAAAAACUCGACUUCAUCUUCUUGAGCUUAUUGAGUUGCGCGCUAAACUCUGGCAGGGCUCAGAUUACAUGAGCCAAUAUUAUAGGCAUCGAGGCACUCAUGCUGAGCCACUAUUGGUGCCGACGAUGGAGGGGUCGGGCACGGGCGGCUCGGUGUCCCCCACGCUGGCUGCGCCCGCUGAGCCGCCCACCCUGCUCGGCCCCGGCGAGGUGAUCAAGCCUUCGGGCAAAUUCCCCAAACCGACCAAGAUCCCUGGCAAGAAUUACUCUAAGGAUGAAGUGGUCAUAAGGAACGCUGAUUCUGGAAAAGUGAGCCCAGGUGCCAAAGAACGUCUGGUUCAAAUCACAGGACCUAAUGAAGAGAAUGUGAAUCACGCGAAGCACCUGAUCGGCGAUACGAUCCGUCGCAACGCGUCGCCAGUGAGACUGGAGGGCGGCAACGAGGCGGCUCUAGGAGCGUCCCGCGCCUCGCUAGACUCUAACGGAUCUGACGACGCGCCGCGCCCGCGCGAGAAGUCACCUCACAAUUCCCGAGCUCUGCUCCAUAGCUUUUCUACGAACGACGCCGCACUAGGAGAAUAUAAAUAUACUGUGACUUUUGGACAACAUUCCAUUAAGAUCACGGGCAAUAACUUGGAUCUUGUGAAGACUGCAAAGUUAGUGUUAGACGAGUACUUCGAGAGUGCGGGCGCACUGGAGGCGAUGGGCGCCGGGUCCGGGGACUUCUUCACGCUGUCGCAGCGGCCCGGCGCCGCGCUGCUGCUGCGGGAUGAUGACGAGCUCAACGGCGACGACGACGACGUGUUCCACGCGCAACAGGAACAAGGUGAGGUGACCACAAGUUAGUUAUACUGUAACCAAAGGCGGCGGCAUUGAUGAGC